AUGGGUCUUUUACCUUUCUCAAGAAGUACAUUUGCAGCCGUAAACCAUUGUAGAAAAGGCUGCAUCAAAUUAAACCAGCCGGUGCGGAAUUUAAUAUCAAAACAAUUGAUUUAUCGAGAAUUUGGUGAUCCUCUACAUGUCGUAAAGUUCAUGCAAAGCGAGGUACCACCUCUGGGAGACCAAGAUGUACUUGUCCGCAUGUUAGCGGCACCGAUCAACCCAGCUGAUAUAAACACUAUACAAGGUAAAUACCCGGUCAAAGUCCAACUUCCAUGUGUGCCUGGAAAUGAAGGUGUAGGAAUUGUCGAAGAGGUUGGUAAGAAUGUUUCAGGACUCUGUCAAGGAAAUAAAGUUAUCGUCACAAAACCUGUGCAAGGUACUUGGAGGGAUAUAGCAACAUUUAAAAAGGAUGCCUUGAUGGUGAUCCCUGAUGAUCUAGGUCUAGUAGAAGCUGCUACACUCACAGUUAAUCCAUGCACUGCUUAUAGAAUGCUUACAGAUUUUAAAACAGUCCGAGAUACGGACAAUGUUGUAAUACAGAAUGGUGCCAAUAGUGCAUGUGGCCAAAAUGUAAUACAACUAUGUAAAGCAUGGGGUAUUAAAAACAUCAACAUAGUCCGAAACAGACCUGAGAUAAAUGAAUUAAAGGACUAUUUACUCAACUUAGGUGCAACAUAUGUACUUACAGAAGAAGAAGUGAGAAAAACAACUAUAUUUAAGGAUAAGAAAAUUGACAAGCCUAUUCUUGCCUUAAACUGUGUUGGAGGGAAAAAUGCAUUAGAAAUGUCAAGACACUUGCAACACUCCGGCAAGAUGGUCACCUAUGGAGGCAUGUCAAGAGAUCCCGUGACAGUACCAACAUCAGCAUUUAUUUUCAAAAACUUGUCUUUCUUUGGUUUCUGGAUGACAGUAUGGAAUGAGAAAAGUGAUCCUGCUGAAAAGGAAAAAAUGAUGUGUGAAUUAAUUUCACUGAUCAGUGAACAGAAAUUAAAAGCCCCUGUACACAAGAUGAUCAAAUUUGAUAAGUAUGAAGAAGCUAUUGGCAAUACUUUGACCACUCAGGGUUUUAUUGGCUGUAAAUAUAUUCUUGACUUUAGAAAACAGCCCUCCCUUCCCCCUUUACCAAGUGUGCCUGGAGAUGAAGGUGUUGGAGAUGUUGUGGAAAUUGGCAGACACGUCAAUAGAGUUGAUCUUGGUGACAGAGUAGUACUAUCAUCCAGGUUGCUUGGCUCCUGGCGAUACUACGGUAUUUAUCAUGAAACUGAUGUUCACGUUGUUUCUCAUAAUCUUCCUCUUGCUGAAGCUUGUAUGCUAACAAUCGCUCCAUGUACAGCAUACAGGUUACUUAAAGAUUUUAGAUCUAUGAAGAAUGGCGAUACUGUAAUUCAAAACGCGGCCAAUAGUCCAUGUGGUCAAUGUAUAAUACAGCUCUGUAAGGCUAUGGGCAUUAAUACUUUUAACAUUGUUGCCAAUCAUUGUGGAUAUGAGGCUGUCAAGAAGUAUCUUUUAAAAAUGGGUGCUACUGCAGUAUAUACUUUAGAAGAAGCUGAGGAACUUUCGGGUCUCGAUACGUCUUUAACCAGACCGGUGUUGGCCUUAAAUUGUUUAGGAGGAAGAUACGAAGAUGUAAUGCUGAAACUGCUCGAAAAAAAAGGUGUUAUAGUAUAUUAUGGGUGCGCCCAAGAUUUGCCUAUGGUAAAACAAUUUUUACGUAACGACGCAGAGUUUUACAAAUUUAGUUUAAGUGAGUGGGAAGCCUGUGCGACCUGUGUUGAGAAAGACAUUAUGUACAAGGAAUUAAUACAGCAUAUGGUCAUUGGGAACCUAUACGCACCUGUUCAUCAAGCAGUAGAGCUAAAAGAUUAUGUUUUCGCUUUAAAAAAUACUGUAAACUGUGAAGCAUUUGCGACGCUUAAUUAUGUAUUUGAUUUUACACUACCUUAA